AUGUUUAUAUGUAUAUAUUUUUUUUAUAAUAAUAUAGUAAUUGAAUCUACACCUAUAAAUGUCAUAAUAAAAAAAAAAAAAAAAAUGACUAAUUUAAGAUAUGGAAAUACAUUUAAUUUUAUAUGUAAUAAAUAUGAUGAAGUUAUACAACACGGUUGUAUUAAUUUAGAUAAUAUGCAUAAAAAUAAUAAAAAGGGAAAUAAGAAAAAAUAUAUUAAUAUUUUUCCAAUUAUGAAAGUUUUAGUAAUUUGUCUCUUAUUGUCAUUAGUGAAUAAAUCAAAUGAUAAUACAUAUAAUGAGGAUAUAUUUCAAAAGGAUAAAGAGAAUUGUGGUGGUCUAAGAUACAAAAGAUUAUUAGCAGAACCAAUUUUCGGAUUUGAUGUCAUGUAUGAUUUAUUUAAAGAUAAUUUUUUAGAACAAAUUGGUUAUAAUGAUGCACAAAAAAAUGAAUUAAAAGUUUCUAUGAAAUCGUUUUUUCAAAGUUCAAAUAGUCAAGAAUAUACCUAUUCUAGACGAGAAGAUAAUAUUCAUAGUAUUAGUAAAUCAAAUGUGACAAACGUGAAAAGUGUGAAAUUUGAAGAACCACAAGAUGAGAAAAAUUUAAUUACAAUUGAAGAAAUAAAAGCAGACAAUAAUGAUUCAAAAGAAAAAAAAAAUGAAAUAACUAAUAUAAACGUGGAUGAAAAAAAGGAUUUGGAAAGUGUAAUUUCCAGUGAAGAAGAAAAAACACCAACUAGUAAUAAUAUAAGGAAAAAGAGAAAGACCAAAAGGUCUCAUAAGAAUAAAGACAGUAACACAUCUUAUGAUAAUAUAGAAUUGAAUAAAAUAUUAAAAGAUGAUAAUAUAGAAGUAAAUAAAACAUUAAAAGAAGAUAAUAUAGAAGUAAAUAAUACAUUAGAAGAAGAUAAUAUAGAAGUGAAUAAUACAUUAAAAGAAGAUAAUAUAGAAGUUGAAAAACUAAUUGAUGAAAACAGAGAGUUAAUUAAAAAAGAAUCUAUAUAUAAAAAUAAAUUAAAAGAAGAUAAUAUAGAAGUUGAAAAACUAAUUGAUGAAAACAGAGAGUUAAUUAAAAAAGAAUCUAUAUAUAAAAAUAAAUUAAAAGAAGAUAAUAUAGAAGUUGAAGAUCUAAUUGAUGAAAACAGAAAGUUAAUUAAAAAAGAAUCUAUAUAUAAAAAUAAAUUAGAAGAAGAACCUGUUGAAAAAGGAAUAAAAAGGAAAAAUUAUCUUUUUCUUAUACUUGAAAAGGCAAAAGAAAUUCCCCCAGGUGUUAUUGUAGGAUUAUUUUCUAUUUUUUACGUUGCACUAGGAGAAAAUAGAUCAUCUUUAAUUUUAUUAAUUGUAAUAUUUAUUUUAACAGUACAUACAUAUUUGGAAGUAAAAAGAAUAUGUCGAUUCUUAAAUAUAGAUUAA